AUGGCAGCUUUAAUUGUGUAUGUUGAUGACAUUAUUAUCACCGGUGAUUGGAACUCAAAGAUACAAAGAUUGAAGAGAUUCUUGGCCACCCAAUUUGAAGUGAAGGAUUUGGGGCCUUUACGUUAUUUCCUUGGAAUUGAAGUGGACCGCUCUAAUCAGGGUAUCUUCAUCUCCCAAAGGAAAUAUGUUCUUAAUCUCCUGAAAGAUACAGGGAAGCUUGGAGCAAAACUUGCUGACUCUCCUAUAGAUGUAAACCACAGGCUCAGGGAUUUGGGAGUCCUUAGUCAGUUCAUGCAUGCUCCCAAGGCCACACACUUGGAGGCAACACACAUAGUUCUUAGAUAUUUGAAGAAAUUCCCUGGGAUUGGACUCCUGUUUGGAAAACAUGGGCAUAUGAGAGUUGAGGUUUACACUGAUGCAGAUUGGGUUGGUUCUGUGGAUGACAAAAAAUCUACUAGUGGCUAUUGUGCUUUUGUUGGGGGAAACUUGGUUACUUGGAGGAAACUUCUAUGGAUAAAGAAUCUCUUGGGUGAAUUGGGCUUUCCUCUCAGUGAUCAUAUGUCAUUAUACUGUGACAAUAAGGCUGCUAUUAACAUUUCAACCAACCUUGUUCUCCAUGAUAGAACUAAACAUAUAGAGGUUGACAAAUACUUCAUUAGGGAAAAAUUGGAAGAAUGA